AAAGUGGUCAGGUGACGCUGUCAUAUUGUCCUUCCAUGAGCCAAGCCUUGGCUAUAACACUUGCUUUGCGCGUCUUAACCGGAGACUGGAAAUUAAUAUUAUUGAAAUCAUUCUGAAGUUCAUUUGAAAGAGAGUUAGGAAAGCAGGCGGGAGGCGGGAGACGUGUGUAUGUGACAGAAGGAAGCAGACCCCAAAGCACAGAGAAAGAAAGUGUGCGAUUAAGAGAGGGGAAAUAAGAUAGGAGGGUGAGUUGAUGAGAGGGCGAUAGGAAAGGUAUGAAUUCGUAUUUCGCGAACCCGUCGCUCUCGUGCCAUUUAUCUGGUGGGCAAGAGGUUUUGCCCAACAUGCCACUGAACACGACCACAUAUGAUUCAGUCAGACAUUUUUCGUCUUAUGGCACCACAGUGACCCAAAACCGGAUUUAUGCGUCCCCUUUCUAUUCACCUCAAGAUAACGUUGUGUUUGGAUCAAGUCGAGGACCGUACGAGUAUGGAUCUAACGUGUUUCUACAAGAUAAGGAUGUGCUUCCCAGUUGCAGGCAAACUAGUAUGGGACUCAAUGCGCAGAGCCACGUUGCCCAGGAGUACAACCUGGAACAAGCUCGUGCAGGAACACAGGAACAGAAAGGGAACAACAUUCAGAUUUUCCCGUGGAUGCAGCGCAUGAACUCGCACAGCGGAGUUGGGUACGGGUCAGACAGAAGGAGAGGUCGCCAGAUUUACUCCAGAUACCAAACCUUGGAACUGGAAAAAGAAUUUCACUUCAAUCGGUAUCUAACCAGACGCAGACGCAUCGAGAUCGCCAACGCUCUGUGCCUAACCGAGCGUCAAAUCAAAAUCUGGUUCCAGAAUAGGCGCAUGAAAUGGAAGAAAGAGAGCAAUCUAACUUCUACCGUACCGGGGAGCGAAUCAACGGGUACUCCUCAAGAGACCGAGAAGGAGACCGAGGAGGAAACCGAGGAAGCUAAAAAAAAAGAUUAGGAAAUCCAUUUCUCGUUCUUGAACGCCUGUUAACUGCAACGUAACUACCUAAACUCUGAGAAUUUGCAAAUAUUAAUGCAUGGACUGUAUACUCUGCUAUUCCUUUGACUGCCCCCUCCUCCUCCGACCUGAAUACCAUACACAAGCUCUACAACAACCACCACGCCACUAACAUAUACACACACGUUGAAACAAAUGGAGAGAUUAAGAGAGAGAAAGACGCACAUGUUAUCCACCAUAAUGUAAUUCACUUCUCUUUGUAUUAAAAAUAGCUCCUGCGUGGUGACAAUGCCACAGAUGAACUAUUUGUGUGGUUCUAGUAUUAUCAUGUUGCUAUAGGCUAGUAGAAAUUACAUUAGAUGAAAAUGUAUUCGAAUUUAAUAAGUAGGCUACGUCUCCCCAACUAUUAAGCCUCUAAACAGUACCCUAAGCAUUCCAGAAGUGAAGGAAACUUCUUAUAUGCACAUUCAGGAGUUUUUUUUUUUUUUUUUUGUGGAUGCAUAUUUGUACAAUGAAACAAGCACUGACGGGAUGAACUAUACUACCUAAAUCCUUAAUGCAAUUUCUUUUCUUUUUUUCCCCCUUAAUAUUGCCUUUGCCCUGUCAGUGUUCUGUUGUUCAAAAUGCCGCUGUACUGGCAUAUUAACUAUUGAGAGAAUUUCAAAAAAAUACAUUUCAUCAUAUUUGUAGUUGUAUGCAUAUAAACUUGUCUUAAAGUGAGAAUCACACCCAUAUGAAAACAAACAUAUACCUUGUUACGCAAUUAUAUUGUUUGUGUAAACUGUGUAUUAUUUAAUAAAAUUCUUGAAAA